UGGCUGAAGCUAUGGACUUUAAACAAUCAAUCAGGGAUCAAACCCACGUCUCAACGACACUCGCAGCCCACCUUCUCUCCAAAAAGCACGACUCUAACGUUGUUUUCUCUCCAGUUUCGAUUCAUGCCGUCCUCAGUUUACUAGCCCAGGGUACCACAGGUCGAACACGCGACCAACUCCUCGCUUUCCUCAAAACAAAUACUACCCAUAACCUCAACUCUCUUUAUUCACAGUAUGUGUCCUCUAUCUUUGGGGACAGUAGCUCCACUGAUGGACCUCGGUUGUCCUCUAUCUUUGGGGACAGUAGCUCCAGUGAUGGACCUCGGUUGUCUAUUGCAAACGGGGUUUGGGUUGACAAAACCCUUUCUCUGAAGCCUUCUUUCAAGCAAGUUGUCGACGACGUUUAUAAAGCCGUUUGCAAACAAGUUGAUUUCCAAACGAAGGCUGCUGAGGUAGUCGAUGAAGUGAAUUUGUGGGCUGAAAGGCAAACAAAUGGCCUUAUCAAAGAACUCCUUCAUGCUGAUGAAGUAAGCAGUCUCACAAGACUCAUCUUUGCAAAUGCCCUCUACUUCAAGGGAACAUGGAGGGACCCCUUUGACCGAGAAGCGACAAUAGAAUCCGAUUUUCACCUCCUCGGUGGAAACAAAGUUCAAGUUCCCUUCAUGACCGACAACGAAUUCAAAUUUGUGUGUGAAUAUGAUGAUUUCAAAGUACUAGGUCUUCCCUAUUUACGAGGUCAAGAAAGACGUGAGUUCACAAUGUACUUUUUCCUACCCAAUGCAAAAGACGGCCUUCAAUCUUUAGUACAGAAAAUUGGUUCCACAUCUGACUUUUUAGAUAGUCACAUUCGAGGUCAACAAGUAGAAGUCGGACGCUUUUUGCUACCAAAAUUUAAGAUCGAAUUCAGGUUUAAAGUUUGUGAUAUGUUGAUGGAAUUAGGGCUCGUAUUGCCAUUCACGGGUGAAGAUGGUUUGACUGAAAUGGCUGAUUCGUCUGCUGGUGAAAGGCUUCAUGUUUCGAGCAUUCACCAAAAAUCUUUUAUGGAGGUGAAUGAAGAAGGUACAGAAGCAGCGGCCGUUACAUAUGAGCAGUGUUAUGGUUGUGCGUCGGAUGAAGAGGAGCCCAGGAGGGUGGAUUUCGUAGCGGAUCAUCCGUUUUUAUUUGUGAUAAGAGAAGAUGUGACAGGGGUUGUGUUGUUUGUGGGACAGGUAAUUAACCCGAGUGUUGGUUAAAACAUAUUAUCAUGAAGAUGUGACAGGGGUUGUGUUCUUAAUAAGCCAUUUCUAUUUGUGUUUGCUAUUGACUUUUGUAUCAUCUGGUUUUUGCACUCCUCAAACACACUUAUAAAA